AUGAAUGAAAGUGAAUUAAAGACUCAUUUGCAAGAAUUAAACCAAUUUCAAGAAAAUCAUCCCAAAAUUUUCAAAUCAUCAAAUACCAAAAAUGAUGAUUAUUCUCUUAUCAUUCCUCUAUCAUCGACAACUUUUUCACAACUUUCAUCUGCAGAACGACAAGAAUUAUCAAAAAUUUAUUAUAAUCUUGGAACAACCAUUUUAGAUAGUGAUGAUGAUAUUUUUUCAAAAGAAAAUCAUGAUCAAGCUUUAGAUUACUUUAAAGCCUCUACUUAUCUAAAUCCUCUUGCUUUCACAAAUAUCUUAAUAUCCAACGCCUUGGGCGAAAUUUCACGUGAUAAUGAAAUAUUUAUUCAAAUAAUUAAAAAAAUCCCAUUCAAAAUUCCCAAAGAUAUUCGAUUAAUAAAUUCUUCAAAUAAUAAAAUUUCACUUGAUCCAUUAUUAUUUUUAAAAGAUAUCGUAUUAGUUUUAUCACCUGGUACUUAUACUCUUGACGCUUCUAUCAUGGAUCAAACUAUAAUAGUAAUCGGAAUAGGACAUCAGGUGACAAUCAAGAAUGUUACUUGGCAUACAUUUACGGGACAAAACAGUUAUUUAGUUUUAUAUAAUUUAUUUGUGGAAUGUAAUGACGGACAUAAUGUAUUUCUUCAAACAUCAAAAGCUUUUAUAGAUUCUUGUCAAUUUAUCAAAUGUUCAAAAAUUCAGCCACCUAUUUAUACUUCAGGACGAGAAUCAAUUCUUUAUUUAAAUAAUUGUGAAAUAGCUAAUUCACUUGACUCAGGUGGACUUUUAAUUAGUGAAGAUAGUAAAGCCAUUAUAAGAAAUUGUCAUAUUCAUAAUAUUGGAAUGAAUGCUAUAGAAGUUCGAUAUGGAUCAAACGCUGAUAAAGUUAAAUUGGUUAAUAAUAUUAUUAGAGAUAAUAAAUCUGAAGGGAUUUUAAUUGACGGAAAUCAUGAACCACCUGAAUCUGAGGCAUUAAAUAGUAUGGCUAAAACGACUCUUCGUGAUCAUCAACAAAAAUCAUAUAGACCUCCUCCAAUGACUCCUUAUACUCGACCAAAACAAACGACAGUUAUUUUAUGUAAAAAUAAAAUUAUUAAGAAUGGAACAUUUGGUAUUUCCGUCGAUUAUCAAUCAAAUGCGCGAAUGGAAGAUAAUGAAAUUUCUUAUAGUGGAACUUCAGGGUGUAUCAUAAAAGGUGGAGUUGAUUCAUUUCUUUACAAUAAUCGAAUUCAUCAUAAUAGGGCAAAUGGUGUCGAGAUUGGAUUAAAUUAUCAAGGGAAA